AAUAAUUAWAWAAAUAAUAUCAUAAAUAUUAAAUUACAAUAAUUAAUGCUCUGAUUUGGAAAUCCAUUAAUAAAUUAAAAAGAGUUUGUAUGACGCUAAUGGCCGUUAGAAGUGACUGUGGCCGUCUGUGGCCUGCGACCGGUUAUGCGUAGUGCGUGAAAGACACUUAAUCGAGACGGACGCUAUUCGUUCUAUUUACUGGUUCGUAAGUCGUAUGGAAACGCCGCGUGCCAUUUCCAUUUGGCUAGCAAAAAUUUGUUAUUUACGAGGUUAGUUCGCGUAGUGCUCGGUUGCUCGGUAGUUAGUUCGAAAUUGUAUGCUCCGCAUAAUUAUUUCGACGUAGUGACGGCGAUAACUGAUAAGUGCUUGUUUGAGUAGGUACCUCUAGUCGGUUGGCUAUGAUCUCUGAUCCUCCUAAAACCCGGGACUGGUGGCCGGCCCUGGAGGACUUUCAACUAGCGGAUACAGCCGUGGUUGUCUUGAACACCAGCAUUGAAAAUCCACCGAAGCUAGUGCGGMACCUGUGGAACAAAUCCUGGCUYCGAGUAACUGUCGACGGUGGCACUAACCAAUGGCACAAUUUUGUCAAACAGAACUCAUUUGAUGACUUGAAAUUCCCUGAUCUUAUUACUGGUGAUUUGGAUUCAGCCAACCCUGCUGUUGUCGAGCAAUUUGUGUCAAUGGGUUCAAAAAUUAUUCCUACGCCUAACCAGGAUGAGACUGAUUUCACCAAAGCUCUUAAAGAGGUUAAGAAAUACUCAGCAAUGAAUUGUAAGUCAAUAGAUUCUAUUAUUGUCAUGGUAAACAUGUGUCAUAGGGUUGAUCAUUUCUUGUCUAAUUUAAAUACGCUGUAUAAGUCAAAGACCAAAGAUCUUUACUUUGACGAAGACAUAUAUCUGCUGGGAAGAAAUUCUUUAACCUGGUUGCUUCAGGCCGGUACACAUCGUAUUCAUGUUCCUCAGUCUCUUAGGUUGAACCCAAAGAACAAUUAUGUAGGCUUUUUUCCAAUGGGUUCGGCUUGCAACGAAUGCACAACUACAGGACUCAAGUGGAAUUUAAGUGGAAAAUUGAUGGAAAUGGGAGGACUUACCAGUAGUAGUAAUACAUUUAAUGGAGAGCCAAUCGUCACAAUCGCCAACAGUUCUCCACUAUUGUGGACGAUGACUAUGGGUUAUGAAGAUAGUUUCUAAACUAAGAAGAACAUUGUUAGAUCRUUGUAUUUUAUUCCAAAGUAAAUUUUUCCCUUUUCUACUUA